GAUGUGGUCUGGCCUGAUACGAAACAAACAGGGCUCAUUGACUCCAUCCUCAGGAACUAUUACAUCCCCCCUGUUAUUUUUGCUGUGACUGCUCAAGAUGAUGGAACAGAGCUUCGUACAUGUAUCGACGGGAAACAGCGUCUGACAUCAAUACAGAGUGUCACCAAUAAACGAUACUGGUACCAGGAAGGUACAGCAAAGAGAAUUCUGCUCCCAAAGCAGUACAAGCAAGCUUUUGCCAACAAACAGAUUACUUGCGUGGAGUAUGAUUGUUUGACAGACGAUCAAGAGAGGGAGAUUUUCCAGCGAGUUCAGCUUGGUGUAGCAUUGACACCUGCAGAGCGUAUGCAGGCAAAUACCGGUCCGCGCUCUUCUCUCAUUCGUGAGGUACAGUCGACAGUCCUGGGUGCGGAGGGAUUUGGUGACAAUUUGGACUGGGGCCGUGCUCGAGGACGGGACUUUCAAUGUCUAGCUUCUAUCAUCUAUCUCAUGGAGCAUCAUCCACUCACUACGUUCCCCGGUGCUCCGCAGCUGGACAAAUGGCUACAGAUAACGACCCCAGUAACAUCGCAGUUCCGCAGCGAAGUCGUCGACACCUUCAGGAUUUUUGUUGCUCUUGUCAGAGACAAGCGGUACAAUGCGUCGUUCUCCAAGCCAACCCGAGUAUCACCAAUCGAGUUCACCAUGAUAGGCAUUCUGAUUUCCGUGCACCGAGCCAAGCUCUCCAUGACCCAGCUCUCUUCGGCAAUCCGGAUCAUGAGGGCGGACGUGCGGAAAAGACAUGUUGAUAUCCGCGCGAACACUAAGGUUACCAAGGACAUGUUUGCCUUCAUUACGAGC